AUGGCCGGCCGCGGAAAGACGACGACGGUCCCUGCAACGCCAAUGACGCGCUUCUCCGCGCGCACGAACGCGGUGAAGCGCGACUCGCUCGCCGCCGAGCUCGAGCGCGAUCCACAGCUUUCGACCGCCAAGCGGCAACAACGCACUCAGGCGUUCUCUUCGCACAUGGCGCACACGUCCCUCGAACGCCAGGUUGCCGCGGCGCAGACCGCGAAGCUCGAGCUCGAGACGAAGCUACGAGAGAAGGAAAUGCUCAUAGAAAGGCUCGAAGGGGACCGAAGGUGGCUGGCCGAGCGGGAAAAGGAGGAGAGGGAGGAGAAAGAGAGGGAACGGGAGGAGCAUGCCGAGGACACGAGGAAGACCGAUGCCGAAAUUCGAACACUUCGUAGCUCCUUGGCGACAUUGCGCGAACAACAUGUCGACUUGGAGGAAGAACACUCGUCGCUGUCCCGAAGCGCGUCGCAGAGCAUCACCUCUCAGAAAGGACAGAUCUCGGCACUCACCAGCCAGCUGUCUCUCGUCGAAGCCGAGAUGACGCAGUUCAAGCAGCUCGCAGAAGAGCGUUCACGGGCUUUCGAGCAGCUUCAAGCACAAUUCGACGAUCUCAGCGCGAACCAAAGCUUCACACUUCAGUCGGGGCAGGAUGAAGAUUGGGGAGUUGUUCGCGAAGAGCUUCACCGACAAGCCAAGUAUAUGCGUCAACUGGAGAGCGCCAACGCAAGGAUGACCGGCGAGCUCAACGUCCUCCGUGAAAAGCAGACGAGCGUCGAGGUGCUGAAGGAACAGAAGCGCGAGCUGCAGCGCAAGCUUCAGGGCGCAGAGGAGACACGAGAGAAGAUGGCGAGGCUCGAGGCCGAGCUCGAGGCCGCAAGGAAAGAGCGAGAAGAAUGGGCAUCACAGGCUACCGAGCCCGCCACUCCGUCCAAGACUCCUGUCUCCGUCACACAGAGUCUCGCCACCCUGCGUCUCACUCACGCGAAGCUCAUGGAAGAACACGGUUCGAACGUCGCGCUGCUCAAGCGACGGGACCAUGAAUUGGCGGAGGUGCAGGAGCGCGAAGCGGCCGCGCAGGAGACCAUCAAGAAACUUCACGCAGAGGUGCGGACGCUAAAGGACCGCGCCACGCGAAGUGAGCACAAGGUGACGCUUGCCGACCGUGAGGUCAGCUUCUUGCAAGCUAUGCUGGCAAGCUUCAGUGCAGAAGAAGCCGCGCAGGAUGUGAAGUCGGAGAACGACCCAUUGAAAUCUGUUCAAGAUGCAGAAGCCUUGAUCAAGGACUACAAAGCGACUGUUGCAAGCUUGGAGCGAGAUCUGGAAGGUGUACGUGCUCGUUCUGUGACGCCAGAAGACGCCGCUGCCAUGAAAAAGCUCCGUGUCGAACUUCAAGAGGCCCGCACUGCGAAGGAGGAAGCAGAGAGAGCUCUCGAGGAGGCGGACGCGGACGCGGAGAAGCAACUCGAGCAGAUCGAGGAGCUGGAACAAACCCUCUUCGAACUUCGAGGAGAGACCGGGGCAGGACGUCAUCUUCCUCCGGGUGUACGGGUGCUCAGCAUGCGCGACAAUCCGGCGCAGCAGUGGGAAGACCUGAGCCGUGCUGCCAUGGAUCGCUUGAAGAACGAGAACGAGGCUCUUCUCAAGCGCUUGAAAGACCUUGAAGACAGCGGCAUUCGCGGAGGAGGACAAAGUGCUCAGGGCGACGACCUGGUGCCCCGUGAGAGUUGGGAGGUUCUGAACGAGGAGAAAGCCAAGCUGCAAGACGAGCUCAAACAGAAGGAGAAGCGAUUGCUUCGAUUGCAGCAGGUCUUCACUGCCAAGAGCACCGAGUUCCGGGAAGCCAUCCAGAGCAUCCUGGGGUUCAAGCUCGCAUUCUACCCCAACGGGCAAGUACGCGUCACGUCGACGUACGACCUCAACGCAGCCUUCGUCUUCCAGCCACAAGGCCAAGGCGGCGAAGGUCCACGGAUGCAACUUGUCGCGCAAGGAGAGGGCGGACCAGAGGAGCUUCCUCAGCUAAUGCAAUACUGGGUCGCACAAGAAGAGUGCAUCCCCGGUUUCCUCGCAAGCGUCACGCUGGAGUGCUAUGAGAAGAGCAAACGCGACCGCAGGUUGAUGGCCAGCCAGUAG